AUGGCCUGGCGAAGCUCCGGCGCGACAAAUGAGGAACUGGUGGAGAACAUGUGGAAGCGUGGGCUUAUCAAGGACCAAAGGGUCAAGGACGCAUUUCUCAAGGUUGAUCGCGCACACUACGCCCCCGGCGCACCAUACGAAGACUCGCCCCAAUCCAUAGGUCACAAGGCCACCAUUUCAGCUCCCCACAUGCAUGCCACCGCCGCCGAAUCCCUUCUUCCACACAUCCUUCCCUCCGACAAGAAGCCCGCGCCGCGGGUGCUCGAUAUUGGCUCUGGGUCGGGUUACCUAACACACCUCCUCGCCGAGCUCGCGGGAGAGAAGGGGCUCGUGGUGGGGCUGGAGCAUAUUCAGGCGCUGCGCGAUCUCGGCGAGAAGAACAUGGGCAAGAGCGCCGAGGGACGGGAACUGCUCGAAAGCGGUCGGGUGAGGUUCCAUAUCGGCGACGGGCGGAAGGGGUGGACCGAGCCACCAAGGGGCCGCGAAGAGGCGGCCGGGACCGGGUGGGAUGCCAUCCACGUCGGCGCCGCUGCGGUGGAGCUUCACCAGGACUUGGUGGAUCAGCUCAGGGCUCCGGGGAGGAUGUUCAUCCCUGUCGAGGACGACAACGGCCACGGCCAGUACGUGUGGGCAGUUGACAAGAAGGAGGAUGGGUCUGUUGUCAAGGAAAGGCUGUUUGGCGUUCGAUAUGUGCCACUGACUGAUGCGCCCAAGCCGUAA